CGCAUUAUCAUCAUUUACCUCCUUUUGCCAUUUUGUUGAAUGCAUGAGACAAACCUUGUAGCUAGUUUCAAUAUAACCUCCUGGUGAUUAGAUCCCAACAACUUACUAAAUUUCGGACGAUAAACCAAGGGGUAAAAGUAACCAUGUUGGUGGUACGUUCCUCUUGGAGGAAAACGGGGAACCGAUUUAUGCUUCUUAUUACAGUUAGCUUACUUGUGCUCCUCCAGAAUACAGAAGCAGAGUGGCUAAAUCAUGGAGGUGACAUAACCAAUCGGAGAGAAGCCAAGGGAGAAAUCUUAAUAAAUCCAAAAACAGCGACGAACUUGAGAUUGAAAUGGAGAUUCAUAUCGGGGUUCGAUACGACGGCCACCCCGGCGGUGUAUGACGGAGUAGUGUAUUUCCCUUCCUGGAACGGGUAUUUGUUUGCGGUGAGAGAAGACGAUGGAUCACUUAUUUGGAAGAAGAAUCUGGGACAGCUGACUGGGCUUCCAGGUCCGGUAGGAGGGUUUGUCAACAUUACAGUAUCUAGGUCCGCACCGACCAUCGCAGACGAUCUCCUCAUAGUCGGAAUUUAUGGGCCCGCAGUUGUUAUCGCAGUGAGACGAUCAACUGGACAACUGGUCUGGCAAUCACAGCUUGAUCCUAAUCCUCGUGCUAUAAUCACAACCUCGGGGACAUACUUAUUCGGGGCAUACUAUGUGGGAGUGUCGUCGUUAGAAGAAUUGCUGCCACCAUCCCAAUGCUGCACAUUCCGUGGAAGCAUGGCGAAACUCGAUGCUCGCAUUGGAAGUAUUCUAUGGCAAACCUACACCGUCCCUGACAACGGCGGCAACUUAGGAGGCUAUUCGGGGGCAGCCAUAUGGGGAAGUAGCCCGGCGAUCGAUGUCGGGAGGCGACUCGUUUACGUGGCAACCGGCAAUCUGUACAAUGCACCGCAAGAAGUUCUAGAUUGCCAAGCAGCACAGAAUAAUCAGACCACCCCGCCAACUGCUCCCGAUGCGUGUGUCCCGCCAGAAGCUCACUUUAAUUCCAUCCUGGCGUUUGAUAUAAAGACUGGGCUACUUCGAUGGUUCAAGCGAUUAGGGGGAUAUGAUGUUUUCUAUCUUGCUUGCACAAAUCCUAAUAGUGUGUGUCCCCCGGGGCCUAAUCCGGAUGCAGAUUUCGGGGAGGCACCCAUGCUCCUCACCAUUAAAUCCAAUGGUAGGUUGUGCGACAUUGCCGUGGCUGUGCAGAAGAGUGGCUUUGCCUGGGCUCUUGAUCGUGAUAAUGGUGAUAUUGUUUGGUUUACUAAGGCAGGACCCGGAAGUGAUGAGGGAGGAGGAACAUGGGGCGCCGCCACGGAUGGGAAGCGAGUUUACACCAACAUUGUCAACGGCGACAGAUUGCCUUUCACCCUCGCACCUUCUACACAGACCACAACCUUCGGAGCAUGGGUGGCCAUGGAUGCAAAUAACGGCCAAAUCCUAUGGACCACCGCCAACCCUAGCAAUGAGACUUGUAAUGGGCCGGUUACCAUUGUCAAUGGGGUCCUUUUUGCCGGUUCAGUCGCUUCCGAUGGUCCGUUCUAUGCCAUGGAUGCCAACACCGGCAGAAUUCUGUGGAGUUACAGUACGGGUGCUACUAUUUAUGGGGGAGCUUCUGCUAGCAAAGGUUGUGUGUUUGUCGGAAAUGGAUAUUCUGUUGGCGUUGCGACGCUUCAUCCAACUUGGACCAGUGGAAAUUCAGUGCUCGCCUUCUGUGCCCUUUAACUAUCCUAGGGUUUUAGGCCCCCAAGAUUUAGACUCGUAAUCUCACUGUUAAGUCGCCGUCAUCACUCCUCAGGUCCCUCCCCUAAGGUUGUGGACAUUAUAGUUAAAGACUAAUGGUUGAUGAAAAUAACAACCAUACUACUCCAAAUUGGCGGAUUGUUCAGCAGUACAAUUCGUGUCUAAGUUACAUUUAUCAAUGACAAAGUUGGC